GACAGUCAAGGCCGCGUGGCGUCCCUGGCGCGCAGGCCCCCCGCCCAGGCCGGCCCUAGCGCCGGGGACGGGGCGCGCCCUGGCGUCCGCCCGAGCGGGAAGAGGGGACCGCGGCGGUCACGAGCACGGGCCCCUCCCCGGGACGCGAAGCCCGCGUCCGGCCGGGGCCACGGCCGCCCCGGGCUCGGCAGAGGGCGGCAGGCUCGGCGCGGCCCCGCCGGAGCAGCGAGGGCUGCGGGGCCCCGGACGCGGCCGGGCCUGGACCCGGGGCGCCGUCCCCGAGGGGCCGGGCCUUGCAGGCGGCAAGCGGACGCCAGCGGAGCCCGUUCUUCCCAGAGGGAGCGGGCCGCCCGGCCGGCACCUACGGGGGGGGCCGGGAGACGCUCCUUACUUCCAACACCCCUGCGCUUUCCCAGGCAGAAAAGGGCACAGAGAAGCCAAGCUGCCUCUCCGAGGCCACACGGCCGGGGCGGGGCGGAAGGGGAGCGGCAAUCCAACCCGACCCGACCCUACUAGCCGGCGGGGAGCCUCCCCAGCCCCUGGAGUGCAUAGACCCCCCCCCCCAGGAUCGGCCCCAGGGACACCCCGAGAUCCCGCACCGCUGGAGUCUAGAAGCAGAUUUCCCGCUUCCUCAGCGUCGCUCCUGCCGGCAGUGGUUCCGGAGGUUCGGCCCAGACACCGCCUCCUCCCGGUAGCCCUCCGGACUCCAAAGCCUGGCGGCCCCGGCUCCCUGCGCUCGGCCAUGGCCCCCCCGCCUCCGUGCAGGCUCCCGAGGUCGCCGCCGCCCUGGCUGCUGCUGCUGUUGAGCGUGGCGCUGCUGGGCUCCCAGGCCCGAGCCGAGCCCGCCGCUGGGAGCGCCGUCCCCGCGCAGAGCCGCCCGUGCGUGGACUGCCACGCGUUCGAGUUCAUGCAGCGCGCCCUGCAGGAUCUUCGGAAGACGGCCUACAGCCUGGACUCGAGGCCCUCCCCAGGGCGCAGGUUGAAGCCUGGACUGACCCCAGGGUCUGAGGAUCCAGAAUCUCAUGGGGUCUGGACCUGGACUCCUGAGAGCAGCAGCCCCCAGCCCAUCCCGGAAGGGGGCCCGUGGAUAGGAGAGGGGACGGAGGCCCUGCUGCUUCAGGCCGAGCGCCGGGCCCUGUGCGCCUGCUGGCCUGCCGCGCGCUGAGGACCCUCACACGCCACUGUCCCCUCAUCAAUAAACGCCCAGCCCAGCA